GUGCAGGAAUGUCUCAGCUGUCUGUCCUUGUGCCACUCACAGGCCUUUUUGUCCUGAUCUCCUCAACGUUUGGCUCAGAAUCCAGUGUGCCGGUACCGGUGACCUGUGUGACGCGCGGAGCCGACCUGGUGGAGGACGGUGUGGUGGUUUUGUGUCCUCCAGACUGCACCCAAUGGAGGGUGUCUGUGUUCGGGACGGGAAUCUACGCCUCCGUCUCCUCCGUCUGUGGAGCUGCUGUCCACAGGGGGGUGCUGGGUCCGUCCGGCGGCCCCGUCAGGGUUCACAAGCUGCAGGGACGACAAAACUACAUGAGCUCCUACGCCCACGGCAUCCAAUCACAGGACCUGUCACGCUGGACCGCCUCAUUCAGCCUCACUAAGCCUUUAAGUGUCCCACUGGAGUUGACCAGUGACACCAGUACCACAGAUCUGCCUGCAGCUGCACAACCAGCAAAGAAACCACUGAAGAAGCUGUCAGUGAAGAAAGCUCUGACAGGUGGAAAUAAAGACUGUCAGAUGGACAUUGCAAUGGUGAUCGACAGCAGUAACAACAUCGGGCAGCGGCGGUUCAACCUGCAGAAGAACUUUGUCACCAAGCUGGCGGCCAUGUUGAGAGUCGGAUCAACAGGACCGCAUGUAGGGCUGAUCCAGGCCAGUGACACUCCCAGGACAGAGUUCUUUCUGACCAACUACACUCAGCCUAAAGAGCUGCUGUUUGCCAUCAAGGAGCUGGCCUACCUGGGAGGAAACACCAACACAGGUAAGGCCAUCAUGCACGUGGCGGAGACCUUCUUCACCCAGGAGAACGGGGGGAGGCGGGGUCACCCCCGGGUGAUGGUGGUGCUGAUUGACGGGUGGCCGUCUGACGACCUGGAGCAAGCGGCCAUGUUGGCCAGAGAGUCUGGCAUCAAUGUCUUCCUGGUGUCUGUGGCCAAACCGGCACCUGAGGAGCUCACCAUGGUGCGAGACAAGGAUUUUGUGAAGAAGGCGGUGUGUAAAGAUAACGGAUUCUUCAGUUAUUUGAUCCCCAGCUGGUUCAGCACCACCAAACAUGUUAAACCUCUCACGCAGAGACUCUGCUCGCUGGAUGGCCUGCUCUGCAGUAAAACCUGCUACAACUCUGUGAACAUCGGCUUCCUCAUCGACGGCUCAUCCAGCGUCGGAGAUGGAAACUUCCAGCUGGUCCUGGACUUCGUGGCUGGAAUCGCCAGAAGUUUCGACGUCUCAGACGUGGGCUCUCGCAUCGGUGCGGUGCAGUUCACCUAUGAUCAGCAGCUGGAGUUCGGCCUGUUUGACCACUCUAACAAAGACGAUGCCGUCAAAGCUCUGAAGAGGAUCCCCUACAUGAGCGGAGGAACGGCCACUGGAGCAGCCAUCACUUACACCACCCAGAACCUGUUCAGGCGAACAGGACCAGGUCGCAACUUUCUCAUCGUGGUGACAGACGGCCAAUCAUAUGACGACGUCAGAGGCCCGGCGCUGGCUGCACAGAAACAAGGCAUCACCAUGUAUUCGGUGGGCGUAGCCUGGGCGCCCCUGGAUGACCUCAAAGCGAUGUCAUCAGAGCCAAAGGACAGCCACACCUUCUUCACCAGAGAGUUCACCGGCCUAGCGGAGUUCAUCCCUGCGCUGGUCCGAGGCAUCUGUCGAGACUUCACAGAGAACAACUAAGAAAGCACGCACGUGUACUUCUAUACUUGUGACGACAACAUUAACCCAAACUUUCAACAGCCUGAAGAUGUGACUGACUAAAUAUUCACUUUAGAAAAUGUCCUCACUUUGAAGGUAGAGACGUUUCUUCUUCCUGUAACAGCCAUUUGAAGAAAAGUAAACCAAACAAAAUAUCCCUGCCAGCACAAAGAUGGAAGUACAGUAGUACACACACACACACACACUGUACAUAUAUAUUCUGUACACAUAUACCAACCAAUACUGAUACAUACACAUGGACACAUCUAUAUAAAAGACACAACAUCAUCAGUCAUACACAUAUAUACACCAAAUAAAUGUUUUUCUAUAAAUGAAGGAGAUGUUGGAAAAUCACCAAACCACCAAUUCACUUUUCACUAAACAAUCCACUGACAGUAUGUUUGGUUCUGUAAUCAGAUUUUUUACAUAAAGAAUAAUCUAGUAAUCCUAAAGUACAACACAAAAACUAGCAUUGUGAACAACUACUGUCAUAUUAGCAAGCUAAAUUGGUAUUGUGAAUUUUAACCCAGCUAACUGUAAAAGGAACCGUAAUCAGAUGCUCGCUGUGUACUGCAGGGUUCAAUCAAAGCAGAGGAAGCUAAUUUCUAUAAAAUAGAUGCUAACUAUGAAAUAAACCAAUAAUAAACUACAGAUUAAAGAAAAAAAAAAAAAGGUAUUCUUGUAAUUACAACUUCUGUAUCUCAUUAUUACAAAAUAUACAUAUUGCAAGAGUUUUAUUGUAUCGGAUCCAUAUCUCAUAAUUAAAACUAGCUAAAAUGUGUAUCAAAUCUCAUCACUAUGAGAUUUUCUUAUUGUUUAUUCGUUUUUCUUCAGACCUCAAUUAAAAGAUAAUUAGUAAUUAUUAGAUAAAGAUUUUGUAUUACAAGAUACUAAGUUAUAACCAAGAAAACAUUCUUCUGUAUUUAUUCCAGAGUAAUCUGAUUUUACGCUUCAUCUCUGAAAAUUACUCAACUAAACAAAAAACCCUGAAUUCUUGAAUUAAGAAUUCAUUCUUAUGAUCCAGGUGACUUUCAAACAUUUCAUAGGUCGGUCCACACAGGAUGUUAAACCAAGCAGCUCUCAUGACUUAUGUGACUGUUGAUCAAAGAUGGGAAAACUUUUCUGUGAUAAAAUAUUCUACACUCAAGGUGAUUUAAAGGGUUAAAAAGGUUAAAAACACCAAAAUCACAGAAACAAACCUAACCAAUAGAGGCAACAGUAGACCAGCAACUCCGUGUUCUGCCACGUAAAAUUACUGUUUUUGUCAAAGAAGUCUGGUGGCUUUGCCGAGAGUGACUAUUUCUGGUUAAACAAAAGAUAUUACUCUUUAAAAUAAAUAAAGGUCCAUCUCUGUAGGGAUCCUUUGCACAAUGUUGCCAGACACUUGUAAUAACAAUCUGAGCACUUUAGUGGAUGCAAUUGCCCACAAUGAUUGUGUUGCAGCCCCAAAAUUCCAGAAAAUGUCCAUGUUGGUCAUAUAGACACAAACACAUGGAAAAAUACCGAACUUAGCAUAGAUUAUUAUAGCACUUUGGUCACAUGAUUACAGGUGGCCGUACUGUAGCCUAUAAGCAGGGAGAUGAAUAUCUGUAGGAUGCUGGUAAAAGCUUUCAGACACCUUGAGUUUAGAAUAUUAUAACAGAAAGCUUAAAGUACUUGUUAUCAACAAGACAAGAAAUGCAAAACAAAAUAAACACUAACAUUAGUUAAAUCUUGACUUUCUAUUUGUAUUUCAGAUUUCUAUCAUAAAUUACAGGAUCAAAUGACAUGCUAACAGAAAUAUAUUCCAAGAUGUUUUAAGCUCCAUCCUUGUUUAUGUUGCAGUUUACAACAUUGUACAUGUAUUACAACAAUGUAUUAAUGUCCAAAAUCAAAGUUAAACUGCAUUAAAUCCUCAUUUAAAUUAGAUAUGGUUUGACAAAAGAAUCUGGCGAAGUUUAAUUACAGAAAGAACCAAGGUUUCCAAGGAGAAGCUAAAUCAACGUGAACAAUUUAAUUUAAAUGAGCUGCUUGGAAUUAAUGCAGUUGUAACUUGAUGUUGGAUAGAGAUGUGUUGAUAUACUUCACUUGUUGCCUGUUUGACAACAUUGCAUUCUUUGACAUUCAAACAUCAUUACAGCACAUACCAGUUCGAUUUGUUCUGUUUGUUGAGGGUCCUCCUGUCUCUCCACACUGCGUCUGUCAGACAAAGACAAAAUUACCCCCCCCCCCCUCCAGGACACAUGUGAGAUUACACAGAUUCUAGUCUUUAAAUGUGUUUUCGUUAAAUUACCACGUUUUUAUUAGUUUCAAGUCUCUGGCAGGUUCCGUUUGUAAAAAUGAACGGAAACCAAUGGCUGUCUGGAAUCUUAAAAACUGAUGGAUGAUUUGAAAAAAUUAACAGUGGUGAUGAACAGAAUGCUGGAUCUAAAAUUAUCUGUAUGCCUCUUUGCCUUUGGGAAACCUGGUUCUGUUUUUAUUUUAGUUUUUGGUCUCCUCCUAUUAGAUUGGGAUGAUUCUGUUCCUUUUUUUUUUUGUAUUUAUUACCUGUUUUCCUUGUCUUUCAAUAAAGAAUAGUUAUUUUUA